AUGUCGUGCACCACUAAAGACACAACCUGGAAAUGGGAUACAAAGGAACAAGAAGCGUUCCAAGGAUUAAAGGACGCCGUUACCAACGCCCCGGUACUCUGCCACGCGGACCCUGCCAAACCUUACUUUCUGGAGACGGAUGCUUCCGGUGCAGCACUAGGUUCCAUAUUGAGCCAACGCCAGGAAGAUGGUUGUCUACAUCCCUUAGGCUUCUUGUUGGAAUCAUUCAAAGGUGCCAAACAGAACUACAACACCCAUGACAAGGAGCUCCUUGCAAUCAUCCGCUCCUUUGAGUAUUGGCAAAUCUUCCUGGAAGGAACGGUCCACCCCAUAACGGUAUUCACCAACCACAGGAACCUAGAAUACUGCAAAGAAUCCCGGACCUUCAACUGUUGUCAUGCAAGGUGGCACCUCUUACUAGCAGGCUACAAUUUCCAAAUAGUCUACCGUCCUGGCAAGCAGUCCAGCAAACCAGAUGCCCUAUCCCGUCGUGCUGACCAUGCCAACAUUCCGCCUGCGGACCAAACCAUGCUGCCCAUCCCUGUAUUUGCCAACGUUGCCUUAGUCACACCAGAGAAAGAACUACAACGCCAGAUCGAGUCAUCCCUGGACCAAGACAAAUCACUGGAGGAGAUUCUCCAAUUCCUACAGAACGAGUCCAAGGCACCUCCCUCCAUCAAACGCGCAUUCAAGGAUUACGAGAUGGAGGCCGGUUUACUCUUCUACCAAGGACAAAUUGUAGUCCCAGACGUCGGAACACUAAGAACGGAUCUACUGCGCAUCUUCCACAACAGCCCACUAGCAGGACAUCCCGGCAGACAACGCACCCUAGAGCUAGUAUCAAGGAACUACUACUGGCCUGGCAUCCAAUCCGACACGUAUUGGCACGUAGACUCCUGCGAAAUGUGUCAGCGGAUCAGAAAGCCCAAGUAUGCGUCUAUCCCACCUCAGCCGCUUGAACUCCCCGUCAGACCCUGGCAACAUGUGUCUUACAACAUGAUAGUGAAUCUACCCAAGGACAGAAGCAACGACUCAAUCCUAGUAAUUGUUGAUAGCUUUACAAAGUACGGGAUAUUUGUAAAAUGUUCCAAAAAACUGAAGGCACCUGAGCUAGCGGAACUGUUCCUGGAAAACGUAUGGAAACGUCACGGCAUGCCGGAAAAGACCAUAUCCAACAGAGGCAGGGUCUUCAAUAAUAAAUUCCUGAGGGCCCUGUACAAAUGCCUUGGCAUUGACCCACACUUCUCCUUGGCAUAUCACCCUCAGAGCAACGGCCAGACGGAACAAGUCAAUCCUUCUAUUGAACACUUUCUAAGGGCCUAUUCGGGGAUUAACCAACGGGACUGGACUAAGUGGCUACCAAUGGCGGAAUUUGCAUACAACAAUGCUGUGCACAGCAGCACUGGGAAAACUCCUUUCAAGGCCUUAUACGGAUGGGAACCCACCUUAACCCCGUCAAAUAUACCAAUGGACGUCCCCGAGGCAGAUGACCUUGCCCAGACAAUGGAGGCACAAUGGAAGGAAGUGGAAUCGGCACUCCGGCAAUCUAAGCAACGCAUGACGGCCAGGGAAGAUGGAAGCCCAAUAGAAUUCAAGAUUGGAGAAGAAGCUUGGCUGGACGCCAAAAACGUCAACCUCAAAACCUUAAGUCCCAAACUUACAGAACAACGCUUAGGACCCUUUAAGGUUAUUGAGAAGAUCUCCGACCGGGCCUACCGCCUAGAACUCCCUCCAACUAUGCAAAUACAUGAUGUCUUUUAUGUAGGGCUACUGUCUAAAGUCAAAAGGGACAAGAAGCGCUCCUUCGAAAAUCGCCCCCCACCAGUCACCGUGGACGGAGAAGAGGAAUACAAGGUGGAAGGGAUCACUGAUGCCAAGGAAAGAAACGGAAAAUGGUUCUUCCGAGUCAAAUGGAAGGGAUAUGGGUCCAAGGAAAACACAUGGGAGCCCCGAGAAAACUUGAAAAACGCCGAAAAAAUUUUAGAAAAAUACGAAAAAGAAAUGAAAAAGAAGGCCCUCGGCGCUGCCAAGGCCCUUAGAGGGGGGGCAGUGUCGUAG